GAUACUAACCACCAGCGUCACGAGUGCCUAAUUCACAAUGACGAAGGGUACCUCCAGUUUCGGAAAGCGCCAUAACAAGACGCACACGCUUUGCAGGCGUUGCGGUCGUCGCUCCCUCCACAUCCAGAAGCACACCUGCUCCUCGUGCGGCUACCCUGCUGCUAAGACCCGCAAGUUCAACUGGGGCGAGAAGGCCAAGAGAAGGAAGACCACUGGUACCGGCCGCAUGCGAUACCUCAAGACCGUCAACCGCAAGUUCAGCAACGGAUUCCGAACCGGCGCGCCCGCUGGUGCCAAGGGCCCCACCGUCAAGGCCUCGUAAACAUCGAGAAUAAAGGCAUGGAAUGAGGCUGCGGCGCGAUGAGGCCAGUCGGACAGGUGCAUGAUCGGAAAGCGGGGUUUUUACAGGCAAAUGGUAUUGCUCGGCAUGGGGCGUUCUGUCAUCCCUCUCCCGGUUGCGUUCCAUCCUACAUGAUGAAUGAGGGUGGCUUCACCGUUGAGCAUAUAGCUCUGGAGGCAUGAAUAAAGGAAAAUUUUCAUCAUGUUCUGUCACGAAUGAAAGCAUCAAGCAAGCCAGAAGUGUGCAAUUGAGUGCGUUCGGACUGCAUGCUCACACUACAGAUACGCCGAAAAGGCCGGUUCCAAGUGGGCAAAAUGAUCGACC